AUGCCCCCUAACGCAGAGACGUCACAGCCACGCGUGACGUACAAGACUGUUACUGGAGUUAAUGGGCCUCUUGUUAUUCUCGACAAAGUCAAGUACGCUAAAUAUGCCGAAAUCGUCCAACUAAAGCUUCUCGAUGGCUCGCGCAGAACAGGACAAGUUCUCGAAGUUCAUGGAGACAAGGCCGUUGUCCAAGUUUUCGAAGGCACAUCUGGCAUUGAUGCGAAGCAUACAUCCUGUGAAUUCACGGGAGAAAUCAUGAAGACGCCCGUCAGUGAGGACAUGUUGGGUCGUAUUUUCAAUGGAUCGGGAAAGCCGAUUGACAAUGGCCCUCCGAUUAUGCCAGAGGAUUAUCUCGACAUCAUGGGACAGCCGAUCAAUCCUCAAUCGCGUAUUUAUCCAGAAGAAAUGAUCCAAACUGGAAUCAGUACGAUCGAUGUGAUGAAUUCUAUCGCUCGAGGACAGAAAAUCCCCAUCUUCUCUGCUGCUGGUCUUCCCCACAACGAGAUCGCUGCUCAAAUCUGCCGACAAGCUGGUCUCGUCAAAAAGGAAGGUGAAGCAACCGAAGAGGGAAAGAGCAACUUCGCCAUCGUCUUCGCAGCCAUGGGUGUCAACAUGGAAGCUGCUCGUUUCUUCAAAUCUGAUUUUGAGCAGCGAGGAAAUAUGGAAAACGUUGUUUUGUUCCUGAAUCUCGCCAACGAUCCAACUAUUGAGCGUAUUAUCACCCCUAGAAUUGCUCUUACUGCCGCGGAGUACCUUGCUUAUCAAUGCGGUAAGCACGUUUUGGUCAUUCUCACCGACAUGAGUUCCUAUGCCGAAGCUCUUCGAGAAAUUUCAGCUGCUCGAGAAGAGGUCCCCGGUCGACGAGGUUUCCCUGGUUAUAUGUACACAGAUUUGGCUACGAUUUACGAACGAGCUGGUCGAGUCGAAGGCCGAGAAGGCUCAAUCACUCAGAUUCCUAUCCUCACUAUGCCAAACGAAGAUAUCACUCAUCCCAUCCCCGAUCUUACAGGAUACAUUACAGAAGGACAGAUUUACGUCGAUAGACAGCUUCAAAAUCGUCAGAUCUAUCCGCCAAUCAAUGUGUUGCCUUCCUUGUCUCGACUGAUGAAAUCUGCUAUCGGCGAAGGAAUGACCAGAGAAGAUCACUCUGAUGUGUCCAACCAGUUGUAUGCUUGUUAUGCUAUCGGUAGAGAACAACAGGCUAUGAAAGCUGUCGUUGGUGAGGAAGCCCUCUCACAAGAGGACUUGCUGUAUCUAGAAUUCCUUUCAAAGUACGAGAAAAACUUCAUCAAUCAAGGCCAUAAUGAGAAUAGAUCAAUUUUCGACUCUCUCGAUAAAGGAUGGGAGCUCUUGAGAAUCUUCCCUCCAGAAUUGCUGAAGCGAAUUCCGGGUAAAAUUAUCGACAAGUACUACUACAGAAAAACUGAAGAGCAAUAA